AUGCAGUCGUCGGAGGGUUCGCCAGACAUGAUGGAUCAGAAAUACAACAGCGUGCGCCUGUCGCCAGCGGCAUCGAGUCGCAUCCUUUACCAUGUUCCCUGCAAGGUAUGCCGGGAUCACAGUUCCGGCAAGCAUUACGGCAUUUAUGCCUGCGACGGCUGUGCCGGUUUCUUCAAGAGAAGCAUUCGCCGUUCCAGGCAAUAUGUUUGCAAAUCCCAAAAGCAGGGACUCUGUGUGGUGGACAAAACCCAUCGGAAUCAGUGCCGUGCCUGCCGUCUGAGGAAGUGCUUCGAAGUGGGCAUGAACAAGGAUGCGGUGCAGCAUGAACGGGGUCCCAGGAACUCCACACUCCGACGCCACAUGGCCAUGUACAAGGACGCAAUGAUGGGUGCCGGCGAAAUGCCGCAGAUUCCCGCUGAAAUCCUGAUGAACACGGCUGCUUUGACCGGAUUCCCGGGAGUGCCCAUGCCCAUGCCCGGCCUGCCUCAGCGUCCUCAUCAUCCUGCCAUGAGCGGUGCCUUCCAGCCUCCUCCUUCUGCUGCUGCUGCAGCUGCCGCCGCUGCUGCUGUGUUGGAUUUAUCCGUGCCCCGAGUGCCACAUCAUCCGGGUCACCAUCAGGGUCAUCAUGGUUUCUUCUCACCCACGGCGGCUUACAUGAAUGCCUUGGCCACCAGGGCACUGCCACCAACGCCUCCUCUAAUGGCCGCGGAGCACAUCAAGGAGACGGCCGCCGAGCAUUUGUUUAAGAACGUAAACUGGAUCAAGAGUGUGCGCGCCUUCACGGAACUGCCCAUGCCCGAUCAGCUUCUGCUGCUGGAGGAGUCCUGGAAGGAGUUCUUUAUCCUGGCCAUGGCCCAGUACCUCAUGCCCAUGAACUUUGCCCAGCUACUGUUCGUUUACGAGUCGGAGAACGCCAAUCGUGAGAUUAUGGGCAUGGUAACGCGCGAAGUGCAUGCUUUCCAGGAUGUGCUCAACCAACUAUGCCACCUCAAUAUCGACAGCACGGAAUACGAGUGCUUGAGGGCCAUUUCCCUGUUCCGUAAGUCGCCGCCGGCGGCUAGUUCCACGGAGGAUCUGGCCAACAGCUCGAUUCUUACGGGCAGCGGCAGUCCCAACUCCUCGGCCUCGGCGGAAUCGAAGGGUCUGCUGGAGUCCUCGAAGGUGGCGGCCAUGCACAAUGAUGCCCGAAGUGCUCUUCACAACUAUAUCCAGAGGACGCAUCCUGCACAGCCCAUGCGAUUCCAAACCCUGCUGGGUGUUGUCCAGCUGAUGCACAAGAUCUCCAGCUUCACCAUCGAGGAGCUGUUCUUCCGGAAGACCAUUGGCGAUAUAACCAUUGUGCGCCUCAUCUCGGACAUGUACAGCCAGCGCAAGAUCUGA